AAGUGUGUCUGUGCGGGCGGCGGGUGGGCGCAGUUCGUCGGAGGCCGAGGUAGCGAAGGGUGAGGGGGCGGCCAAAGUGGAGAGGGGUCAGCAGCAGCCAGAGCAUGCUCUCCACGCAACAGUUCCCUGCUCUGCCCUCGGAGGAGGAGCGCUACCGGCAGGUCCUCUCCGCCAGCCGGGUCUUAGGAACAGAUGAGGAUAAUAUGGGGGAUGGUUGCUCUCAGAAACUGGCUUCUGCCAAAUUCCUUCGACUUUUGCUCCUGAUACUGAUUCCAUGCAUCUGUGCCCUUAUCCUUUUGCUGGUGAUCCUGCUUACCUUUGUAGGAGUGUUAGAAAAAACAUGCUUUUACUCAAAUGGAAGUGAGGGCCUCACAGCUAAUGGUGACUUUGAAACUUCUCAUGAUCUUUUGCCAAAUAUAGUUGAAAAUAGUUCCAAGACUGAUACCGCAGUGGAUCACAGCACACAGCCCUCUUCCUGGACCACCAUGCCUUUAUCCCACAUUGACCAAAUGAGCAAGAACUCAAACACAUUUAGAGAGUCUUUCCAGGAGAAUUCCUUUGUUCCUCCAACUCAAGCCCCAGUGCUCAGUCAUCAGCCUGGCUCUGACACUCCUUUGGCAGAGGGCUCUGAAGACAACACCCGGCUGUUUGCCACUGCAGAGGAGGUGACGCUGUGGUCCACAGAUGCUUCUCUUAACAACACAGAGAGGGUGACCACUCUGCCAGUAUUAAGUCCUACCCGUCCAUCUGCGUCACAAAAAAUGGAUCAGAAAAAAAGUGCCUGCAGAAAUAUCACCAACAGCCAGUGCCAAAUGCUGCCAUAUAACUACACCACUGUAACUUCAGUUCUUUCCAUUGUCAAAAGUAUUGAAAUGGAGAAGUUCCUGAAGUUCUUCAGUUACCUCAAUCGUCUCAACUGCUAUCAACACAUCAUGCUGUUUGGCUGCAGUCUUGCUCUCCCUGAAUGCAUCAGUGACGGUGAUGACAGUCGAGGACUCUUGCCCUGCAGGACAUUUUGCGAGGCAGCAAAAGAAGGCUGUGAACCUGUCCUGGGUAUGGUAAAUGCUUCUUGGCCAGACUUCUUGAAGUGCUCUCAAUUCCAAAACAGAGCUGAGAAUGACACCACUACAAGGGUAUGCUUCUCACCACACCAAGAAAAAGGAAAGCAGUUGCUGUGUGGAGGAGAGGAGAGUUUCUUGUGUGCCAGUGGGAUCUGCAUCCCAGGGAAACUGCAGUGUAAUGGCUACAACGACUGUGAUGAUUGGAGUGAUGAGGUCCAUUGUAACUGCAGUAAUGAUGUGUUUCGUUGUGACACGGGAAAAUGCCUCAAUUAUACCUUUGUUUGUGAUGGAUACGAUGACUGUGGAGACCUUAGUGAUGAACAAAAUUGUGAUUGUAAUCCAGUGACACACCACCAGUGUGGAGAGGGGAGAUGUAUAACAGCUGAUUGGGUAUGUGAUGGUGACCAUGACUGUAUAGACAAAUCAGAUGAGAUCAAUUGCUCAUGUCACAGUCAGGGUCUGGUGGAGUGCAGAAAUGGGCAGUGCAUUCCUAGUGCAUUCCAGUGUGAUGGAGAUAAUGAUUGUAAAGAUGGAAGUGAUGAAGAAAACUGCAGUGAAAAUCAAACCCUCUGUCAGGAGGGAGACCAGAGGUGCUCUUCCUGCCCUGAUCCCUGUGGAGCUUCUCCCUGUGAGAUGAGGAACAGCCAGGCAAACUGCAGUCAGUGUGAACCAAUUACUCUGGAACUUUGUAUGAACUUGCCUUACAACUAUACUUAUUACCCAAACUACCUGGGCCACAGGACACAGAAGGAAGCCUCUAUCAGCUGGGAGUCUUCCCUUUUCCCAGCUUUGGUUCAGACCAACUGCUACAAGUACCUGAUGUUUUUUGCCUGUACAAUCUUGGUACCAAAAUGUGACCCCCACACAAAUCAGCGGAUCCCACCUUGCAGGACAUUGUGUGUACAGUCCAAGGAACGAUGUGAGGCUGUGCUUGGGAUUGUAGGUCUGCAGUGGCCAGAAGAUACAGACUGCACUCAGUUUCCAGAUGAGAACUCAGACAACCAAACUUGUCUAACACCAGAUGAAGAUGUAGAAGAAUGCUCACCCAGUCACUUCAAGUGCCGCUCUGGGAGGUGUGUGCUGGCCUCCAGAAGAUGUGAUGGCCAAGCUGACUGUGAGGAUGACAGUGACGAGGACAGCUGUGGUUGUAGAGAAAGGGGUCUUUGGGAGUGUCCUGUGAAGAAGCUGUGCAUCAAACACAGUAUGAUCUGUGAUGGUUUCCCAGACUGCCCUGACAUGAUGGAUGAAAAGAAUUGCUCAUUUUGUGGAGAGAGUGAACUUGAAUGUGCCAACCAUGAAUGUGUGCCACGAGAACUCUGGUGUGAUGGGCAGGCAGACUGUAGUGACAGCUCAGAUGAAUGGGACUGUGUUACACUGUCUAAAAACACCAAUUCCUUGAUGCUCCUGACUGUUCACAGGUCAGCUGCUGAUAGCCAUGUUUGUGCUGAUGAGUGGCAAGAAAACUUAAGCCAACUGGCCUGCAAUCAGAUGGGUUUAGGGGGACCAUCCAAAACAGAAAUUGUAAUAGAGAAUGAGCAAAUGCAGGACCAAAAGUGGCUGAAUCUGCACUCAGACUGGAAGAAUAAGAAUGCAUCCACCUUACAUGCACUUCUAGUGAGUGGACAGACGUGUCAAAGCAGAAGCAAAGUGGCUCUCUUUUGCACUAAAGAAGACUGCGGCCGCCGCCCCGCUGCCCGCAUGAGCAAGAGGAUCCUGGGGGGCAGGACCAGCCGGCCGGGCCGCUGGCCGUGGCAGUGCUCCCUGCAGAGCGAGCCCAGCGGGCACAUCUGCGGCUGCGUCCUCAUCGCCAGGAGAUGGGUCCUGACCGUCGCGCACUGCUUCGAAGGGAGAGAAAAUGCAGCUGUCUGGAAAGUAGUGCUUGGGAUUAGCAAUCUUGAUCAUCCAUCAAGUUUUAUGCAGACCCGACUAGUGAGGACCAUCAUCCUCCAUCCACGCUACAACAGAGCAGUUGUAGACUAUGAUAUCAGCAUUGUGGAACUAGAUGAGGAUAUCAAUGAGACAAGCUACGUAAGACCUGUCUGCUUGCCCAGCAAGGACCAGCUGGUUCAGCCAGACACCUACUGCUACAUCACAGGCUGGGGACACAUGGGCAACAAAAUGCCUUUCAAGCUUCAGGAAGGAGAGGUUCGCAUAAUUUCCUUAGAACAAUGCCAGUCAUAUUUUGACAUGAAAAUCAUCACCAGCAGGAUGCUUUGUGCUGGCUAUGAAUCUGGCACCGUGGACUCUUGUAUGGGUGACAGUGGAGGACCGCUUGUGUGCGAGCAUACUGCAGGGCGCUGGACUUUGUUUGGUUUAACAUCUUGGGGCUCUGUCUGCUUUUCCAAGGUUUUGGGACCUGGAGUUUACAGUAACGUGUCACAUUUUAUUGAGUGGAUUGAAAGACAAAUAUACAUCCACACCUUUCUGCUAAACUAACUCCAGAUGGUAAGAAUUGUGCUGAUGGACAAAAGAAAAAUGGAAUCAGGCCUUCAACUCUGAAGGUUUUGCAGUCCAGUAACUCUGUGAAAAGGAGUUUCAAGCUCUAUCUAUUCUUGGUGUGGAGCUGUGGAAUAUGCAGCGUAUGUUACUGGUCAAUCCUCUGCUCCUGAAUAUACUUUGUGGUAGAAUUAAUAAUCCUUUUGACUUUUCUUUUAACUGUGUUGUGGUGCUAUUCCAAACACUGCAAAAAGCUUAAAAGAAAAGAAUCAACCACUUUCUGCCUUUAAGCUAUUAAAAAAACCUAAGCAUAGCACAGAUUAGAAAAACUUUUUAAAAUAGCCUAUUUUAAUACUAUUCAAUUAGUAGCACAUGCAUUUUCACUCACUUCUUGUGAUGGGGAAGGAACUUUGUGCAUUCAUAUGGCACCGCAGGGCACACCUUCACAAGCACUACCACAUGCUGGAGGGUGUGGAAGAGAUUGAUGGGUUUGUAUGUCCAUGUGGCACAGGACACAUCAAAGCACACGUGCAGGUCUCCAAAGGUGUGUAGCCAUAUGCUCCUGGCAUGCCUGGGCUAAUGCAUUUUUUUUCCCUCUGGAUGGUUAAUCUGCAUGGGCAUCACCCUGUACUGUCCUGAUUCCACAGCUUCUGUUCCCAGAGCCAGCUUGGGCAUCUCUUUGGGGUGAUGGAGGAACCAGUAGGCCAACAGACCCAUAACUACCAGUGGAGGCACUAGAGACCAAAACUUCAGACUCUUUAGACAGCCUCUAGCAGUUAAUCUUCUGAAGCUUCCAAUGUCCUAAAGUGUCCAGGAAACAACCACAUCUCAGCAGCACUACACUGAUCAGUGCAUUUAUCAAACCUGUGCCCCUCUGGCUUUCCUCCCCACUUUGUAUCAUGUGUUCAGCAUACAAAGCAUGCACAGACCAUCUUCAGCCCUCUAAAAACAUAAGAGCGUUGGCAAUACCACUGCAAUGGUUUCCCCUCCUAGAGUCAGCUAGUUUGGACAUGUUGUGAGAGACGGAAAAUGCAAAUUUACAAUGCAAAAUAUGCAGUGUGGACACUGUCCCAAAUAUUGGGGAAUUGGUUAAUUUUUAUAGGUAUGUUCUUGUACCUUCUACUUAAGGUUUAAUUUUGACUAGCAAGGUAAAAUAUUUGGGAAAAAGAAGAAAACAGAAGGAAAACGAGUGAUAGAAGGAUUGGGAUUACAGCUUCUGUUCAAAUGAGUAUUAGAAAUAAGAAAAGCAAAGUACAACAGCUUCACCAGCAAAGGCUCAAGGAGCCCAGCUCAGAUGGUUGGAAGCCAGAUGUGCUCUGUGCAGUAGUAAGACACUAAUACUCCAAGAGAAUCUGGUUGGAAAAGAUUAUAAUGGAGUUUAGCACCUUUUUAUGGUGUUAGAGGGAAGUGCAUCCUGUCAAGUGCUGUAGAUGAUGUCCUGCACAGCUAUCAGCUCUUAGGAGGCCAGAAUAGGACGAGUCAGAAAUCUGAGGAUUACAGGAUAAAUUCCACUGGGAAACAAUGCAUUUAAAAUUUGUGUUUUCAGUGCUGUGCCUAGUCCCCUGUGAAUCCAGCCUAAGGCACAGAAUAACCCUCUCUGCUACCUCUGGCAUGGCCCCAUGACAGCAUGGCAUGGCCUUGCCAACAGCAUGACUGCCACAUGUGGAAACAUGCAUUGAAACACCUAACACAUGGCCAUUUUAGGUACUAUUCAUCAUGUUGCAACUCAUCUGCAUAGAUCUCUUGCUUUCAUGAAGGUUUAUCUCUUAUCUCCAAAUCUUCUCUUUAAACAUCACUAACAUUAGAACGUUAGUCACAGUAGA